AGCUGCUAACAAAAUUACUCAAUAGUAUUUAUUUAUUUCACGAAAAUGCCUGAAAGUUCACGGUGUCGAUUGGUGAUCCUGAUUGUGGCGGCCGCCUACAUAGUCGGUGUGGUGAUCCAGUCACAAUUUCAUUGCGAGCCCCCUUUCGAGAGCCGCUGUCUGGCCCAUAAGUUGGAGAACAAAUUCCGACAGUACCAGGAGGCAGUGUUCCGUCAUGCGGAAAAUUGCACCAUAGAGAGCGAGAUUGGGGACUCUGGCGUCCAGUAUCUGAGGAUUAGCUGCCUGGUGGACGAUCCGGCCCCAGGCGGUCGUCCGCGUCUCCAGUCUGGCGACCACUUCCGCAAUGUGUUCUCAAAGCGACGCAUUCCGAACCCGCUUAUGCGCAAAUGGACCCUCAGAGUGCCCCGCGAUGCCGUCGAGCGACUCGGCGAGCCUGCUUGAUUGAUUGGCAAUGGGUUUACCUUCGAAUUCAUUGUAUUGGGCCAUAAGCGAUAAAGAAAAUGUCAGAGCAAGUGGA